UUUCAAUACAAUUAACUUUAUUUAGAUAAAUUUUAAUAAGAAUAAAAUGAGCAGUGAUGAUUUUAUUAGAAAGAAAGAAAAUUCAAUGUUUUUUAAAGAAUAUAAACAACAGUACCUAAAAGAGAGACAAGCAAAGUUAAAAGAGAAUUCCGAUAUAGAUUGCAGCAAUAGAGAAGAAGAUUUCACUGAGGAUUCUUUUUUUGGUAUUGAUCAAACAAAAUUGCUUCAUGUGGAACUUUCAGAGAUAAGCAGAAAGCUUCAUCAUGAAAGCAAAAAGUUGCAUCUACAGGAAGUCAUGUUAAAUGAAAAAGAAGCUAAAUUAAAUAAGAUUGAAAAUAAACUUGCUGACUAUGCUCUUUCUUUGGAAGAGAUUGUUGAAAGUGUGAAGAAGAAAUCUCAAGAAUUAGAACAAGAGUUUAUUGUCAAAAUGGAAAGUUUAAAAAAUGAAAAUGUCAAGUUUAAAAAAUCUUUUCAAAUGAUAAAGAAAGCUGGCGACAAAAUGAAAGAAAAAAUUUUGUUUUUGCAAGAAAAAUUACAACAUAGUGAAGAAAAAAACUUAUCCCAACAACAUAGAAUAACGAAUUUACAACGGCAAGUUGACAUUUUAAAACAGCAGCUAAAAGAACAAGAAGCUCCAAAAGCUAAAGUAAAAACAGAUUUAAAGAAUGACGAAAAAACAAGUAAAUUUUUAGAUACAAUUUGUACAAACUUUGUUGGAUCUGUGUUACAAUGGAUAACAGAAGGUCAUUUAAUUGAGAAAGUCAAAAGUUCUAUUGCCAACAUAAAAAAUGGCAGCCAAAUGGCAGAAUCUGAUUUUGAUGUUAAUGUUACCAAUGAAAGAUGUAUGAAGGUGCUUGUAACCUUUCCAUCUCUUAUUGAACAUAUAUCUCAACAAGAGGAACUUUUUAUUCUUCAGUUUAUAUAUUGGUCUCUAAUUUAUUCUUGCCUCACAAAAAGUUCGCAGAAAGCAACCCAUAAGUCAACGCUUCGCAGGAUUGGUGAGCAAUUGUACAUGCAACAAAAGUUCUGUCAUAAAAGUGUGAAAAGAUUUUUUAACAGUAAUGAUUGUCAUGCAAGGUUGCUUUCCUGCAUGAUCAUCUUGUUUACAAUAACUCAAGCUGACAUAUUGUCUCAAGUAUUUCACUGUUUAUGUAUUGAUCUGCAAAAUGAUAAGGCAAAAGAAUUAUUUGUUCAAUAUCAUGCUACCUUUGCGUUGUAUCCUUUAUUUAAACUCACAAAUAAAGUUUGUAUGGAAUAUACAGUAGAUGUGUUAAUGGUUCUAUCUUCAGAAACAUUAUAUCUGCGAGAGUUUCUUAAAAGCAUUAGCAAUGUUGAAUGGAUUCAAGCUAUACUAACGGUAAUGAAAAGUUAUAAUACACAAAUAGAGCUAAUGGAUAAGCUGAGCUUAUUGUUGCAAAGAAUUUCUAAAAUCAGAUCAAACAAAACGAUAUUUGACGUACUGCGUGUAAAGGACAGUGUUAUCGAACUUAUUUCUUUAUGCAAAUCGGAGUCUAUUCAAUCAAAUUUAAAAUCAAUUUUAUUUAAUAUUGAAUUAAUGAAAUCACGAAAGUUGUGUGUUUCCUAAACUUAUUAUUUAUAUGUUUUAAUUGAAUAAAAAUUUUUAAAAUAAAUGCUUAAAUUAAA